AUGUUAGGCUCGGGAGAAUCGUCGCACGAGGCCGUCUACAACCGCUGUGCGCUGCCCCAAGAGCUGAUAGACCAGAUUGUCGACGCUCUCUCUUCUUCCAAGCAUAGCUUACGUGUCUGCACACUCGUCGCGCAUGCCUGGUUACCAUCCAGCCGCCGGUAUCUCUUUGCCAGCGUACAGCUCAGCGAAGACAAAUUCGUCGAGUUUCUGGCCUUUGCGAGGACGUGUGCAUUUGGCCCCCAAUACAUUCGCGAACUCACAUUCAACGGUCACCAGCCUCAACAGGUGAUGAGCAAUCGCACCGCAAUCUCGCCUGCAUAUCUCCACAGCCUGCUUGCCUACCUCCCGCAGCUCGAGUCUCUCCUAUUGUUCAUGGCAUGCCUGCGCGACGAGAGCAGUAAUGCGCAAAGCCUCCAGGUCCCACCCUCGAACUUGGAAGGUUCCACAGGGCAGACGUCUGCACUAAAAAGCCUCACAAUAUAUUAUAGCGGCACGCAGAACGACCGGUUCACCGACCUCGCACACGUCAUAAGCGUAUUCCCGUACAUCGGCAGGCUAUACAUGCGCUCCCAGCGUUUCCGCUCCAAUUACAGCCCUGACGAUGUCCCUCGCGAGCUCGCCGACACAUCUCCUGACGUUAUUGUGCGCCUGCCGCCUGUGCAAGCGCUUGUGGUAGACGACAAUGACUUCCGCACGAACUUAUACCUUGCAGUUGCCGUUCAGUCGGUGGCAUGGUGCGACAACCUCCGUGCUAUUGAGAUACAAAGCCGGCAGGCCUGGGACCACAAGAUGUUGGGAACACUUCUCCGUGUCACUGGAACACGCCUCGAGUACCUCUCGCUUCAGCUUUCGAAGUUGUUUGAGCCCGAAAACGUUGAGGCCUUCGUCGAGGAGCUCAGUCUUUCGUCCUGCAUAGCGCUGGCUUCGCUCGCAUUGCAGCUCCACCCGAACCCCUUCCUCCUCCGCCCACUGUCAUGGGCCACGCUAUGCACACUAGUCGGCUCAAUUCCUAGGACAACACUCGUGCGACACAUUCUUCUGCAGAUCGGUGUGCGCUCCUCGCACGUGAACGACAUGUUGCACCCGUGGAAUGGUAUGGACAAUAUUCUCGCAGGCUUCGACAGCCUUGAGAGCGUAGCUUUCCCCGCUGAACACUUUGCGGCAUAUACUGAACAAGGCAAGGAGUUGGUCAGGGGUGCCUUCCCAAGGGUGUCGAGGAAGGCGAGGAUCGAGUUUCCGCUGUCCGCACAGUAG